UGAGUUUAUUAGGGGAAAACCAAAGAAUUUCAAUUCAGGACCUGCAUGCUAUGGCAAAAGCCAUAGGCACGUCCAACAAUCAAAAGAGAGAAGCUUAUUUCAUAGGGAGAAAGGAGGAAAUUGGGAAGGGAUGUUUUGAAUGAAAGUCCACUGGAGAAAAGCAAGAGUUCAAGGUGGUGAUGGCUUCUCAUUGGCUGAGUUCCUGGGGUAGUCGAUUUCUCUUUGGGAUGCAACGUACAUUUCUUCUUGGGGUCUGUAGAAGAUGAUUCUUCCUAGUGACAACUUCUUUCCGUUGGGGUCUGUAAUUGACUCUUUCCUGUAAUUGACCUCCCGUGGUGCUUCGUGAGAGCUCCCCCUUCCAGUCUCCCCACUCCAUUUUAAACGCGGUUUCCCUGGAUUAAUUUUCACGCUUCAUUCAGAUCUCUGCUGGAAUAGAAUGUCACUUUCUCAGACAGGCCUUCCGGACCACUCUAUCAAAAACAGCACACUCCCUCCCCCGAAUCACUUGGCUGCCUAGUGGCCUAAAAUAACGAUUUGUUAUUUCUCACAAGUCUCUGGGUUGGCUGGGCUCAGCUGGAUGGCUCUUCUACUCCCAUGUGGUAUUGGCUGCCUUCAGCUGGAGCUCAGCUGGGGCAGGAAUGUCCUAGAUGGCUUCAGGCUCACCUCCACGUGGCCUCUGUUUCUCCAGCAGGGUGGCACGACCUCUAUGGCAGCUCAGGGCUCUGAGGAGGAGAAAGCAGAAGCUGCCCUCGGAAGGCCUGGGCUUGGAAGGCCCAGAACGUCACUUCUGCUGCAGUCUGUUGAUCAAAGCAAGUCACGAGGCCAGCCCAGAAGCAAGGGGAGAGGAUGAUGUGAAGAGGGUCAUGUGCCUCCAGAGAUGGGAGAAAUUGUUGGUGGCCACGGUUACAGGCAGUUCAUUGACCCCCUCAGCCAUCUCUCACCCUUGCUGCCUUCUUUUUCCUCAUCACUGUUUGACACUAUCUUAUUUUUGUUUAUUAUCUUUAUCUUUCAAAAAAUAUAAGCUCCAUGAGGGCCGUCUGUGUCUACUCUCCACGUGUCAGUGCCUAGAACCGUGCCGAGCACACAGGAGGCAGCCUAUGUCUUUGAAUGAAUGAAUGAAACCCUAGGGACUAAUUUCAGGUUUCCCCGGGAUUCUGGCGAAUGGAGAGAAGGUGAAGCCACAGCGUGUAGAUAUUCCGAGGGAAGCGCUUGAGGAUUUUUAAGAGACACGGAGAGAAAGGACAGGGAGGAAAGGGGGAUUAGGAGUGGGCAGGAGAACUGGGGGGCAGAAGACGAGGCAGAGGACUGGGAGACUCAUGAGGGCAGGAUCGGGGACUGUCUUGGUCCCGACUCUAUCUCCAGCCUCAACCAGCACAGGGCCUGGCACACAGCAGGUGGUCAGCAAGCGUAUGCUGAGUGGAGGAACCUUCUCUGACUCCCCUGCCGCCUCCCCUGCCUGCCACCGGGUCAGGCGCCCUCUUGGUCCACCCACCCCUCUGGGCAACUCCAACCCUACCUUACCCUCUGUGGGUCCUCACUGUCUGGGGACACGGCUGGGGCUGUCUUGGUCAUUGCUGGGUCCCGAACAUCAUCCAACAGACCCUUGGCACACAGGGUGCAUAUCUGCGUGAACUUCCUCCCUGGAUAAAAGGGCUGGCUCUGUCAUCGCUGCGUUCCCAGCCUGGUGGAAACUGAGAGGACACUGAGGAAACACCUUCACUGAUUCUAAGAUGCAUCUUCCCCUCCACAUUUUAGCAAUUCUAAAUCAGGAAGAGUCACAGUUGAUGGCACCUUACAAUUGCUGUCAGCCAGGCAGCCAUUGUGACGUAGCUGUCACUGCCUGGAUGUGAUAAUGGAGCUGCUUUUAAUAGCAUCAUUGGCGCCGCUGAUGGCACGGAGGACACGUGGUGUGGCAAAGCGUGCAUGUCCACUCCUCGGAGGCAGAAGUGACUCCACAGAGUCAGGCCGUGUGGUUUUGGGAACAGCUUAGUCAAUUUAUUUCCCUUGUAUCUUCCUAGUUCGAUGCACACAUGAGUGACAUAUGGUAAAAAUGUGUAUUUUCUAAGUCAGUCUACAAGCAGCUCUUUCAAUAGGUGUACAAUAAAAAUUGUAAGUGAUAAGGAAAUAUUGUGUCGUAGUUUUAUUGGCAGCUUUUUUUCCCCUGUUGGUGGGACAGAAAAGGAUGCGUCUGACAACCAGUGUGCCUUAGCCUUGACUCUACAGGGAACCCGUGGAAGGAACGGUGAAUAAACGUGCUCGCCUCAUUUGUCUCUGUCUUCGUCUCUAUUCCAGUCUCAGCUCCUGGGUUUUAUGUCUGUCGUGGGAUGACAGGUGGGUGAACCGAGGUCUCGUCUGGGUUAAGUGAGCUAUUCCAUCUGAGGGCCCUCACACAGCGCCUGUGACAUUGUAGAUGCUCAGGAAGAGAACGCUGGGCCUGUGUGUGAUCCUGCCAGUGUCCCCCCGCCUAUGAGGUCUAUCAGAGCAGGAAGAAGUGUGAGUCACAUCUCUGGACCGGCACGGGGACUGGGCUAGGGUCAGGGCUAAACAAAUGUUUGUGGAAUAACUAAAUAACCGACUGAAUUAUCGGGCCAAUGAAAGUCCUCUCUUAAUUCGGGGUCUUGGCACAGGCUGGUCCCUUGGCCUGGGACUCGAGACUCCCUAGCAGGCCACUGACUCACUCCUGCUUGUCCUUCAGAUCUCAGCUCAGGGGCCCCCUCCUUCAGGAAGGCCUCUCCGACCCCCAGCCUGGGUCAAGUGGCCCCUUUGUGCUCCCACAGCCUCCUGGGGUCCCCCGUCUCAGUCCUGUCUGCUCUGGUCACCACUGUCUGGGGAUGGAUCUGACUCCCUCAUUGGACUCCGAGUCCUGCGAGGGCAGAACCCCGGGGCUGUCCUGGUCGUUGCUGUGUUCCCAGCAGUCAGCUCAAGACGGGGCCUGGAGAGGUGCCAAGUAUGCAAUGAGUGAAGAGGGCAGCGGAGGCUUGGCAGACAGGCAAGGGUGCAGCCUCUCUCUGGCUGGUGCUGAGGAGCUGGGAGAAGUGCCCCUGGAGCGUGGCAGCCUCAUCGGACACAUUUGCGCAGGUGCCCUGCAGCUGUCUUGGCCCCCAUCACCCCAGGCUGCAACCGUCUCCCUUUCCUCUGACCCGGAGCCCCGGAGGGCAGAGCCUGGGCCAAUGCCCUUCUGUGGCCCGGGCUCUGGCUGGACUCAUGGGUCAGGAGCCGGAGCAAAAUUGAGAAGGGUCAGGAGUGGAUGCGGUGGGUUUCGGUGAUGCGGUCUGUCUGUGCUGUCUGCGUGUAAUUGUGUCUCUCCUGGUCUGCAAUCUGCAUCCCUGAGCCGGUGUUGUUUGCGAGGCCCGUGUCUGUACGUUUGUUUGUUUGUUUUUCUGUAGCGACCCUGUAUUUCCCUCUUGGGCCAGGUGUGCGUCUGUGGAUUUGGGAGAGGAGUCUUGGUCUGUGUGUUUGGUGUCUGGGGGUGUCUGGGAAUAUUCUGUAAUCUUGGUCUUUGUGCGUUGUGUCAGCAAUGAGGAUGUGAAUGAGUCUGUGCGGCCGCCGGUCUGCGUCUCUCUCUUGCCCGUGGUUUAAGGAUUCUGAACUGCGGUCAGCAGACCACUCCCUCCCUGACUCUCGGUGUGGCCUGCGCUAUCCAUUCCCUUUCUGGCCUCCACCUCCUCCUCAGUUGUUUCUGGAGGCCCCCUUCCAGAACCACCUUCAGAUCAUCAGGAAAACCCUUUGAGUACCAGGGGCCUCUGGCUCCAUCCAGGAAGUGGGGGUGGGGGAGGCUGGGCAACCGGCCUGGGCAGAGAGGAGGCCAGCAGGGGAGACAGGGUGGGGACAAUUCCAAAGGACUAGCGGGUCGAGGGGAGGCUUGGAAGCUGCAGAAACAGAAGCUGGAGUUGGGGGGAAGCGGGGUGUCCCUCAGUGGGCUGGGGUCCUGGGUGUCUUGGUCUCUAGACCUUCAGCUCCUUCCCAGCGUGUGUCCUGGUCCCCGCCCCUGGAUCCCUGUCUCUCAGGCUCUGCAUCUCUUCAUUGUUUCUCUAGCUGGUGCCUCUGCCGUCUUUCUCUCUGACUGGGUUUCUCGUCCACUCCCUCUUCCUGCCUCUUCCUGUGCUUUCUUGGGGAGUCUCUUUCCCCAUCCCAACUCUCCCUCUUUUCUCAUUCACAUCUCCGCCAGCUUCCAUCCCUCUGUCACACUCACGCCGUUUUAAGUGGUUGUGGGGGAGCAGAGGAGGGAGAGAGCAGAACGGAGAGAGGCGGGACAGAAGAGUUGGCACCUGAGCUGGGGUCAGAAGGAUGGGCUGGGGGUGGGCAGGCGAGGACGUUGCCGGGGCCAGGCAGGGUGGCACUGGCGGUGACCACGUUGGUGGUUUCAGACCUGGCCUCUCUGGGGGGUCUCCUCUCCUCCCAGCCGGUGCUGGCUGAGCUGAACCGCCACCCACAGAGCACGUGCAAUGCAUUGUGAGGCGGGCAGGCGAGUAGAUGGGGCAGAGAAGGGCACUUGAAUGGCUUGUUUGGGAAACUGAGGCCACCGGAGGGAGGAGAAAUAGAGGGUGGGUUGUGAGCAGGGCCAGGCCCUCAGACGCUAGGCUGCCGACCUGGGACUUUGUCCUGGGGACAAUGGAGACCACGGACGGGUUUUGAACAGGCCUUGGUGUUAGAAAGACGGCUCUGGGUCCCUGGUGGGGGACGGAGGGCCCCGUGUGACAGAGUGGUGGCGGAGUGGUGGCCCCCGGAGCAGCUGAGGGGUGGGGUCCCUGCCCCACGUGGGACCCCGCCCCCUGACGUCACUGUCCCAUUAUUGCACCAGGGCUGGCUGACCAAUAAGCUGCUGCUUGUUAUUAUAAUGGGUCCUAGCAACGGGGGUACGCCCUUGGGCUAACAGGGGAGGAGCCCCCACCAGUGGGGAAAGUGUGAGGGGAGAGGGAGAGCCUGCAGGCAGGUGAGUUACCUGAGGGCAGCGCUCUGCAGCUGGGCCCCGCUGAGGGGCGGAGGUGGGGGGGGCAGGGGGGACGGGGGGGGGGGGGGGGGGGGGAGCUUCCAGGCCCACUCCCAGCUCCCCUGCCCGAAUUCCACCCCAGGGCCACUCACCUGUUUGCCCCUUGCUGCUGGGACCCGGCCCAGGCUCCCACUCCCCUCCCCCCGGGCCACACCCUGAGAUGGGUUGGGGGACAGGGCGCAUGAGGGACUGGGUAUAGCACGGGGACACCCCCACCCCGGAUGGGGCUCAGGGCUGGUGGAACGACAUCAGAACAGAUUUCUGUGGAGGGGCAGGGGGCGAGGACAGGGGCCGCCAAGGAGACAGGGAGGCACAGACAGGUGCCUGAAGGGAGUCAGCUCUUCAGAGGGCGAAGGAGCCCAGGGACCUGGGUUUGAGUCCUGGCUGUGCCUCUGAGCGGGGGCGUCACUGAUCUAGCCUGAGCCUCAGUCCGUCUCCGACCUGUGGGGACAGGCCCCGACGUGAGCGUCUCUCCCAGGGUUCUCUGGAGAGUCUUAGUCCGGGAGGAAGCGUAUUUUAGAGGCGAGGGACGAGAAGAGAGUGUGAUGGGAAGAGCGAGGGCCAGGGAGGCUCUGAGGCGAGGAGAGUGGGAUCUGAGGCGAGACCUUGGGGACAGGCUCCAGGAGGCGGGAGGGGACCUGGCCAGCCACGGCAGGACUGGGUGUAGAAUGAGAAGCACUCCCAGUGUCCGGGCACUCCCCGGUCAGCGGGACCCAAGAAUGUCUUCAAAGUUGGCCUAGGGACAGACGGGGGCUCACAUUUGUCACAGCAGCCCUGCUUGGUAGCAGGGUUGUCGUCCACGCAGAUGAGGCAGCUGAGGCUCAAAAAGGCCAAGGACUUGCUCAAAGUCACACAGCUAGGAAUAUUAAGAAUGAUGGUGAUGAUGCUGAUAACACAGACCACCUGCUCUGUGCCAGGCACUAUUUAAGAGCUUUCUGUGGCUUAACUCACUUAAUUCUCAACAGCCCAGGAGGUGGUCUGCUAUUAUCAUAGCUAUUACCCCCGUCUUACAGAUGAGGAAAGUGAGGCAGAGAGUGAAGCAACCUGCCCCAGGUCACUUGGCGAGUGGCGAGUGGCGAGCGUGUGGCGGGGCCAGGAUCUGACCCCAGGGCUGGGCCCUGUCACCAUCACUCACUUCCCGCUGCUCCCAGUAACCACAGCAGCAGGAGUGCAGCCACUCGCUCUGCUCCGGCCCAGGAGCUGGGCCUACGCCCUUUCCUUUGUAGGCCCAGUAUAAGACAAAAACGCGGGGCCCCUGGUUCAAAGAUUACUAAGAAUUUCAGUCCGUGUCAGCAGAUCAGCAUUUAGCAAAGAGCUGGGCCUUCCGUGCGUGGUCACAAGCUGCCCACGAACCCAGCCCCAUUUCUAGGUUAUCCCGAAGACUCCUCAGCACCUCAGGAAGCAGGUCAGUCAUUAUGCCCGUUACCCAGAGAAGCAAACAGGCUCAGAGAGGUGCCUCAUUUUCCUCCAGGUCACACAGCAAGUUAGUGGCAGAGAGAGGAUGUGAACCUGGGCCUAUAAGACUCUAAAGCCGCCAACUUGUGUCAAAAACAUACCCCAGGUUUUUGAGAAGGAGAGGGCUGUGGGUUUCCAGAGGGACUUCCCUUACAUCCUUGGUGUGUCUCUCUCCCUGCCCUGUGCCAAGGCCCAGGAGGCGUGGACGGCUCCCUUCUCCCCUGCAGACGCAGAGGAUCACGCGGCCGGUGACUCUCCCCAUCCCCCGCGCCCUCUGAACCGCUGGUCACCAUGGCUACUUCGAAGUUGCCAGCUGUGCCCAGGGAGGAGGAGACCACCAUCCUCAUGGCCAAGGAAGAGCUGGAGGCCCUGCGCACGGCCUUCGAGUCGGGCGACAUCCCCCAGGCUGCCUCUCGCCUCCGGGAGCUGCUGGCCUCCUCGGAGAGCACCCGCCUGGAGGUGGGCGUCACGGGCGAGUCGGGCGCCGGCAAGUCGUCCCUCAUCAAUGCCCUCCGGGGCCUGGGGGCCGAGGACCCUGGCGCGGCUCUCACGGGCGUCGUGGAGACCACAAUGCACCCCUCGCCCUACCCGCACCCGCAGUUCCCCGAUGUGACACUGUGGGACCUGCCGGGGGCCGGCUCCCCGGGCUGCCCGGCGGACAAGUACCUGAAGCAGGUGGACUUCGGCCGCUACGACUUCUUCCUGCUGGUGUCCCCGCGCCGCUGCGGGGCCGUGGAGACCCGCCUGGCCUCCGAAAUCCUGCGCCAGGGCAAGAAGUUCUACUUCGUGCGCACCAAGGUGGACGAGGACCUGGCGGCCACCCGCACCCAGCGGCCCUCGGGCUUCAGCGAGGCCGCCGUCCUGCAGGAGAUCCGCGAGCACUGUGCCGAGCGGCUGCGGGUGGCCGGGGUGACCGACCCCCGCAUCUUCCUCGUGUCCAACCUCUCGCCCGUCCGCUAUGACUUCCCUCUGCUCGUGUCCACCUGGGAGCACGACCUGCCCGCACACCGGCGCCACGCCGGCCUGCUGUCACUGCCCGACAUCUCACUGGAGGCCCUGCAGAAGAAGAAAGACAUGCUCCAGGAGCAGGUGCUCAAGACGGCCCUGGUGUCGGGCGUCAUCCAGGCCCUGCCCGUGCCCGGGCUGGCGGCCGCCUACGACGACGCCCUGCUCAUCCACUCGCUGCGCGGCUACCACCGCAGCUUCGGCCUGGACGACGACUCGCUGGCCAAGCUGGCCGAGCAGGUGGGCAAGCAGGCCGGCGACCUGCGCUCGGUCAUCCGCUCGCCGCUGGCCAACGAGCUCUCCCCUGAGACCGUCCUGCGGCUCUACUCACGCUCGUCUGACGGCGCCAUGAGGGUGGCCCGCGCCUUUGAGAAGGGCAUCCCCGUGUUUGGGACGCUGGUGGCCGGCGGCAUCAGCUUCGGCACCGUCUACACCAUGCUCCAGGGCUGCCUCAACGAGAUGGCCGAGGACGCCCAGCGGGUCCGCAUCAAGGCCCUGGAGGAGGACGAGCCGCAGUCGGAGGUCAGCUUGGAGGCGGCGGGUGACAAUGGAGUGGAAAAGCGGGCGUCCGGGGAAGGAGUCAGCGAGGAAGCCCCGCUCUCGGCCCGCAGGAAGCUUGGCCUCCUCCUCAAGUACAUUCUCGAGAGCUGGAAGAAGCGUGACUUGUCGGAAGAGAAGUAA